UCCGUCUCUCAAGAAAUGGCAGCCGCGUCCAAUUAUCUCCUCCUCGUGACGCUCGUCCUCUUCGCGGCGGCGUCACUGCCCCCCUCCUCCGCCGAAGAUUUCACCGUCGGCGACAAGCAGCAAUGGGCCGCCAACGUCAACUACACCUCCUGGCCCGAUAAGUACCGCUUCCAUGUCGGCGACUGGCUCGUGUUCAAGUACCAGAAGGGCAUGUUCGACGUGAUGCAGGUGGACGAGGCGGCGUACGAGAAGUGCGACGCGAGCAAGCCCAUCGCGAGCUACGACCGGGGCACCAGCUUCCCGUUCCAGCUCAACCACACGGGCCGCUACUACUUCAUCUGCAGCAAAGGCUACUGCUGGGGCGGCAUGAAGGUGUCCGUGCUCGUCGAGCCGCCGGCGUCCGAGCAGCCGCCGGCCGUGGCGCCGUCCACCAGCCGCGCCGCCGCGCGCCACGGUGCUGCUUCCUGGGCCGCACUCGCCGCGGCCCUCGCGCUGGUGGGCUCGGCGGUUUUGGGAUUGCCGUUUGCGGCGUGACUGACCGCGUGACGAUCGAGCAAGAUAUGGAAAGGCGAUUAAAUGGGUUUUGGAUCUUUCCGGAAUAGCCAUCUAGGCUUUUAACGCCUUUAGUUGGGUUGCCAUGUAUGAAAAGGUAGGUAUUGAUCAGGGAAUUAAGCCUCUGCUAUAUCUGGCUAUGAUGUUUGUCAAAAAAAAAAAGUGUACUCCAUUCGCUACUGAAUAUGGUAUCGCAUUACCUUUUUUCC